UCUUCCACUACUCUGAACGUUUUAUAAAUAGUUAUGCCAGUAGAUUAAUGAGUAGAGGGUUCUAUUGUAAAUUUACUGUUCCUUUACUAUGUCACUUCAAACUGGUAUAAGACCUAACGAAGAACUUGAAACUACUUUUAAGGUCUUGAGAGAACCUUUCUGUCCUCUCAGAGCUUGUAAAAUUUCCAUUAUAUCUCAAGAGCUUGUGUGCUCUGGGAUAUUAAAAGCUAAAACAACAUUUGAGCAAGAAUACGACUCCAUUGUAGCUUCUCUACUUAAGCCCUCCGAACCGUGUUACAUCUUGUUACGUUCUGAUAAAGUUGAUAAAGAGAAAAUCAGUCUUUGGGUAUUUAUCUCUUACAUUCCUGAAGACUUAAAGGUUAGAGAUAAAAUGGUUUAUGCCGCUACCAAAUCAACUUUAAAAAAAUUUUUUGGAGGAUGUAUUGAUGUUGAAAUUUCUGGGACGACCCCCGCAGAAAUCCUCUACUCUGGUUAUACGCUACACAGAAAACUUGAAGGUUCAACGCCGCCUUUGUCAUUGUCUGAAAUUGAGAAAAAGGAACUCGAGAGUCUCAAGGUAGUUAUCCUGUUCUUUAUUAAACUUUGUGUACUGCUUAUGGCAGAAAAGGCAAUGUCUUCCGUGGGUUUGUCCACUCGCUAUGAAGUCGCCAGUAAAUUAUCCUUUCCUUUAAAUAAGCUGGCUGUAGGAGCAUUAAAGGAAUUGGCAAAUUUCACAAUCACGUUUGUUUCGCUCGCCUUAAAUCUGGACGAGGAGACUACCUGUUUAGAUCAGCGAGCCAACUCCACCGUUAAAGAAAUAUCCGCAGAGUUACCUUCUGAAAGUCCUCGAUAUUUGUUUAUUGCUUUCAACCACGAACGUGAGGGGGCUGUGGAAACAUUCAUUAUUUUUGUCUACUUCUGUCCCGGAUUUAAGUGCUCGAUUAAAGAAAGGAUGUGUUAUUCCUCUUGUAAAAGCUCUGUAGUCACCGCUGCAGAAGAGUUGGGCUUAAAGAUUACUACAAAGAUAGAAAUAGCAUCUGCUCGGGAACUGACAGAAGAGAACAUCCUGUCUGAAUUAUUUCUUGUAGUUGUACCCACCAGAAAAAGCAAAACUACAUAAGUUUUCAAAGCCUAAAGCAGCUGGCCGUGGGGCGCGGAGACUAAUAACUUAACUUACUAAUAGUUUCCGGAAAGAAAGCAAUGCUGUGUUUUCAAUCAAACAUAACCGCUUGCAUUUCAACGCUCUUCCAGUUUAGU